AUAAACUUCAGUACCUGAAUGACAAAAACAUGUUUACAUCCUCGACAUUAUCGUCCAAAGCUAAACACCGAUAGUGAAUUAAAAUUAAAAUAGCCACUUUCGUUUGACCAUUGAUCCUCAAAUACUCCCAACCAGUGUCUCAAAAAAAAUGCCACAGCCUGAAGUUACAAUCCAACAAGGAACCCUUCGUGGUUCUACAGCCACUGACCUCCGUGGCAACCCCUUCCUGAAAUUUCAAGGGAUUCCAUAUGCCCAACCCCCACUCGGUGGCCUUAGAUUCAAGGCACCCGUUCCACCGGAAAAAUGGACUGGGGUCUUCGACGCCACCAAAGAAGGCAGCAUUUGCUACCAGCGAGACCUUAUCAAAAACGGCAUCCUUGUUGGAACUGAAAACUGCCUAUUUCUGAACGUCUACACCAAAAAGCUUCCCAAAGACACCAAAGAUCUGCGACCGGUGAUGUUCUGGAUCCACGGUGGAGGAUUCAUUCUAGGGCACGGCGGCGAAGAACUCUACGGUCCCGAUUACCUUAUUACUGAAGACGUGGUUGUGGUCACCAUCAACUAUCGUCUUGGUCUUUUCGGGUUUGUCAGUUUUGAAGACCCGUCUUUGGAAGUACCAGGGAACGCGGGUUUUAAGGACCAAGUCAUGGCUUUGAGAUGGGUCCAAAACAAUAUUGACAAGUUUGGUGGGGAUCCUAAUAAUGUUACCAUCUUUGGUGAGAGCGCUGGUGCUGCUUCAGUCCACGUGUUGGUGUUGUCACCUUUAGCCAAAGGUCUUUUCCAUAAAGCUAUAGCCCAGAGUGGGUGCGGUAUAAGUCAAUGGAUUCGCGCAGCCAAAGGGUCCAAACGUCUGGCCAAAGCAAUGGGGCUUGAAGGGGCAGACGACAAAACCAUCUUUGACGCUCUAGCCCAGAAAUCAACCGAAGAAGUUUUACAAAUCCAAGACAAAACAGAAGAAGAUUUAGACUUCUACACACCUAGACUAACAGGUUUGGUCCUAGAAACACACUCCAAAGAACCAUUUAUGGUUGACGAACCUAUCAACAUUGUGGCGUCUGGGAACUUCAACCAAGUACCGUUUAUGACCGGGUGUACUUCUCUAGAGGGCGCCGUCGUCGAACUUUUCAAAAAACCGAACGAUCCCGAAGCCCCAAAUUUCCAAAAACUUAUCUCACACUCGUUUGGUUACAAAGAGGGUUCUCCUGAAACUAAAACCGUGGCUGACAAAGUGAAGAAGUUUUAUUUCGGCGACGAAGAAUAUUCCCACAAGCUUUUAAGAAAAAAAUACGACCUUUUCUCCGAUGUUUACUUUCUUUAUGACACAUACGUUAGAAUAAUCGCGCAGUCUACAAUUUCUAAAGCACCUACUUACCUGUACUGGAUGACAGUUGAAACCAAGCUGAACUUCUUCAAAAUGUUACUAAACCUGCAAAUGCCUGGGGUUUGUCAUUGCGACGAUAUUGGAUACCUUUUCAAGCAUUUUGCGACACCAGAAAUAGUAGCUGGUAGUGUUGAAGACGUCUGUCUUACUCGGUUCGUCAAGUUGUGGACCAAUUUUGCCAAAUUUGGAAAUCCGACUCCUGAUAAGAAUGACGAUUUGUUGAAAGUGGUGUGGAAACCUGUGACAGAUUCCGAUGUGAAUUUUCUCGAAAUUGGGAAAGAACUAGAGGCCAAGUUGAAUCCAGUGACUGAGGGACUUCAGCUCUGGAAGCAAGUGGCUGCUGAAAGUCCAGCUGGAAAGAAAUAAAUUAUUUUCCAGAUUUCUGUUACACGAUGGCGUAAUAAAUUUCAUAAUAAAUAAAGUUAGCAGAGGAUGUAA